AUACAACACUACUGUAACAGAACCAGCUAUCAUCUACUAAAACCUUUUAAAGAGCUUAAAGAGAUAGGUAAUAUUAAUGUCGACGGAACUCGAAUCUCGAACGGUUCCGCCGUAUAAUCACUUUACGCAAAUCGGCGACCCUGUGUUGAGGAUCCGCGCAGAGGAAGUUCAGCCUGAAUGUGUAGACAGCCAGGAAAUCACUGGCAUUGUGGAUCAGAUGGUAAAAGUGCUACGGCACUACGACUGUGUGGGCGUUGCAGCACCCCAAUUAGGUGUUCCACUGCGAAUUAUUGCCAUGGAGUUUCGUGAGGAAAAACGUGAACAAUUUACACCCGAAGUUUACCAGCAACGAAAAAUGUCUACACUGCCACUUAGUGUCUUUAUUAAUCCAAAGAUUGAGGUAAUGAGCGAUACGAUUCAUACGCAACCCGAGGGCUGUAUGAGCGUUCGCGGCUUCUCCGGCCGAGUUGCUCGAUACGAUCGCGUGAAAGUCACCGGCAUUGGAAUGCUUGGAACUCCUGAUGAGCUGGAACUUGUAGGAUGGAGCGCGCGCAUAGCACAGCAUGAAAUGGAUCAUUUAAAUGGAAUCAUUUACAUUGACCGCAUGGACGUUUCGAGCUUUACUUGCAUUACCUGGGCACGCAUUAAUUCAAAUGGUGGACGCGAUGCAAUAAUGUUUGAUAAAUAAAUAUUUUACUGUUACAAUUUUUUAAAUUUGAACUCAACUGUUGGGUCACGCUCUGAACUUUUUCAGCA